AUGGCUGCUGCCAGCUGUCUCCUGACUGAAGAUCAGUUCCUGUGCUCCAUCUGUCUGGAUGUGUUCACUGAUCCAGUCACUACACCAUGUGGACACAACUUCUGUAAAAACUGCAUCACUGAACACUGGAGCAGUACUGUCCAGUGUCGGUGUCCCAUUUGUAAACGGCUUUACAAGACAAAACCUGAGCUGCAGGUCAACACUUUCAUCUCUGAGAUGGCUGCUCAGUUCAGACAGUCAGCUCAACAGAAAGCCAUUUUCGACCACAAGACACAUGAUGUUGUUCCUCUGAAAGAAGAAUAUGAAGGAAAGAAGGCAGAGCUGGGGAAGACAGGGGCUGAAGUUCAGCAGAUGAUCCAGAAGAGACAACUAAAGAUUCAGGAGAUCAAACGCUCAGUGAGGCUCAGUAAGGAAGAUGCAGUCAGAGAGAUAGCAGAAGGUCUUCAGGUCUUUACUGAAUUAAAGGCGUCUAUUGAGAGAAGCCAGGCUGAACUCGUCAAGACCAUCAAAGAGAAGCAACGAAAGACAGAAAGACAGGCUGAAGACUUCAUGAAAGAGCUAGAAGAAGAAAUCUUUCAGCUGAAAAAGGCUAGAUCUGAGUCCGCCAAAAACUGGGCAGAGGUCAGGGUCCAACCAACGUCAUAUGAGGGGUCUGUGGCGAGAGCUGUGGCUCACCUGGAGGAGAUGAUCACUCAACCAAUGAAGAAGCUGUUUGAGGCUGAGCUGAAGAGGGUCAAGCGAUAUGAAGUGCAGGUGACACUUGAUCCUGAUAUUGUACAUCCCAAACCUGCUCAGUCUAAUGAUAAACAACAGGUAAAGCAGGGUAAUGAAUGCAGAUGUGUCUUAUCAAAGCAGGGUUUCUCUUCAGGGAGGUUUUACUUCCAGGUUCAGGUUAACAGGUGGUCCUCUUGGACUUUAGGAGUGGUCAGAAAUUCAGCCAACAUGAACAGAGAAACCACUCUGAGCCCCAGAAAUGGCUACUGGACCGUAUGUUUCAAGUGGAGUAAGGGGUAUUUUGCAGAUGGUGCCCCUUCUGGUCUCAAUCUGAAGAAAAAGCCUGCAAAGAUGGGGGUGUUUGUGGAUUACGAGCAGGGUGUGGUCUCCUUUUAUGAUGUCGAUGCUGCAGGUCUUAUCUACUCCUUUACUGGCUGCUCCUUCACUGACAAACUUCAUCCAUUCUACAGUCCCUGUUCGAAUGAUGGUGUUAAAAUCCACAUCACUGAAAAGGAUUGUGUGUUACUGUAA